AUGUCGUUAGCUCCGACUAAAGUUGCUGUAUCAACUAGUAUCUUGUCGAAACGAUGGGAGUUUCUUUGGAUGUGGUUGACGAAACUUGAGUUUGGUGAUGAACUUUAUUCAGAGUCUGAAUUCAAGAGUUUACAGUGUUUUCUUGAUAGAAAUCUGCCAUUACAUAGAGCUCCAGUUAUAGAAAGCUUCCGUCUUGAGCUUAGUGGUUUAUAUUUUAACCCUGAAGAUAUCAGAAUGUGGGUUGUAGUAGUUGUUUCUCGCUACGUACGUGAGCUGGAGAUUUACUGUCCAGAGAAGCAACACAUAUUGCCAAGUAGCUUGUAUACCUGCAAGUCUCUCGUGAUCUUGAAACUCGAUGGUGGGAUUAUCUUGGAUGUUCCUCCGAUGGUUUGUCUUCCCUCUCUGAGAACUUUGGAACUUAAAGGUUAUACUUGUGAUGUAGAUGAGUUUGUCAUAGAUACUCCUUCUUUAGAGUAUUUCAAACUUGAGGAUCGUAAUUAUGAUAGUCACCCAUGUUUGAUCGAGAAUAUGCCUAAGCUAACGGUAGCAUACGUCGAUGUUAGAUCCACUGAUCUUCAGAGUCUCAUCGGAUCAAUCACUUCUGUCAAGUAUCUAACAAUAUCCUCUAAGGCUAUGUUUGGUGACGGUUUUAUUUUCAACCACCUUGAGCAUCUGACGCUACCUGUAUGGGAUGAUUAUCCGUGGAAUGUCCUUGUCCAGGUCCUCAAAGACUCUCCUAACUUACGUGAACUAAGCUGCCUCUCUGAAAUGAAUGUAAGUUCCUUCGUUUAA